AUGGCUCGAACACAUCUCAAGCGCCCCUCGUCCGCCAACUCAACAAGUAAAGCCACCAAUGGCUCACUGCCUGAUGUCCCCAGGAUAGUCAAGGAUGUAAUCGAUAGCGUCCGGCGAGAAGGCGAUGUCGCUGUACAGCGUUACAGCGAGCAAUUUGACAAAUGGUCUCCUCCAAGCUUCAAGCUUUCCAAGGAGGACAUCGACCAAGUCAUGGCCCGAGUCCCGGAGCAGGUCAUCAAUGAUAUCAAGACUGUUCAGUCCAACGUCCGCAAGUUUGCAGAGGCCCAGUUGAACUCAAUCAAAGAGUUUGAGAUCGAGAUGGCUCCUGGUGUAUUUCUUGGUCAAAAGAACAAUCCAAUUGACUCAGUUGGAGCAUACAUCCCAGGAGGCCGGUACCCCCUAUUAGCCUCCGCGCACAUGACCAUCUUGACAGCCAAAGUUGCAGGCGUCAGAAAUGUAGUAGCCUGUACGCCCCCUGCAGCCGGUGAAAUUCCCCUGGCCACAGUCGCUGCCAUGCAUCUCGCAGGCGCAGAUGAGAUCUUCAUCCUCGGUGGUAUUCAAGCCGUUGCAGCAAUGGCGAUCGGCACGGAAACUGUGCCCAAGGUUGAUUUCAUCGCAGGUCCAGGGAAUGCCUUUGUUGCCGAGGCGAAAAGGCAGUUGUUUGGUCAGAUUGGAAUCGACCUCUUCGCCGGGCCGACGGAAGUUUUGAUCGUAGCGGAUGAAACAGCAGAUCCUUACAUGAUCGCGACUGAUCUUCUUUCUCAGGCUGAGCAUGGGCCGGAUACACCUGCUGUCUUGAUCUGCACCUCUGCUGAAGUGGCAAAGAGUGCCAUAAAGUACUGCGAUGAUCAACUGACUACGCUGAAGACAGCAGCGGUAGCUAGUGUCUCUUGGCGUGACUACGGAGAGGUUAUCCUCGCUGAUACGGUUGAUGAAGCCUAUCAGAUUGCCGACGAGUUUGCUUCUGAGCAUGUACAAAUUCUCACUGCGAACCCCAGAGAGGCGCUUACCAAGAUGCAACACUACGGAGCCUUGUUUCUGGGCCCAAUGACCUGCGUUUCUUUUGGUGACAAGUGUAUCGGCACGAAUCACGUUCUGCCUACAAAGCACGCGGCGAGGUACACUGGCGGUUUGUGGGUAGGAAAGUUCCUCCGCACAGUGACUUAUCAGGAAGUCAAGUCUGCUCAGGCAAGUGGUGGACUUGGUCAGCUCUGUGGAAGGGCUGCGCGGGUAGAACUCUUUGAGGGCCACGCGAGAUCUGGAGACAUUCGGGCACAUCGAUAUAUCGGGGACAAGUUUGAGUGGAUAAAGCAGUAG